AUGCACCGGCGAGUUGGUCGCCAAUUCGGCAUCCUUCGGAACCGCGCGCAGCAUGCAGGCCACCGGACCAUCGGAGUCGCAGGUCGCAGCUAUCUGCGGUUGCGCGCGCGCGGCGCCACCGACAGCCAGUUGACGGCCUUCUCGCAGCACUUCAACAUCCGUUUCAACACGAGGCAGCCUUGCCUCUCCGGCGCAGCUUCUCUGCAGACCCUGGCGCCGGGGGCUCAAGGGCAAGCACACCGGGGCCAGUACGAGCUCCAGGACUCCUUCGUCCAGCCCGGCAAGGAGGAGGAGGAGGGAACCUUCGUCCAGCUCGGCAAGGGCAAGGGCCAGAGCAAUGGCAGCGUCAGGAUGAUCGACCUACUGAUCGAGACGAUCGACGCCCUCGAGGGGAGCGCCACCGCGAUCAUGGACGUCCUGGACGCGCUCCCCAAGAACUUCACCGUCUGCGGCCGCGUCGUGUGCCCCCAGAAGGGCCAGUGCUGCGCCGCAGGCAACGGCGGCCUGUGCUGUGGGGCGUCUGCCACGUGCUGCAGGGGCAACACCACUGGCAGCGAGGUCUGCUGUGACAAGGAUGCCGUGUGUUGCAACGGCAUCUGCUGCGCCAGG